AUGAGCCACUGGGGGACUCCAGAUGGCCCAGCGGCCACGUGCGCGGCGGAGCGCCAGGCGCCGCCGCGGCCGCGGUUGCCCCGCGGGGGGGCGGCGAGCGAGGAGGUGGUGGAGCUGCGGCGGCGCUCGUUGGCGCUGCUGUGCCGCAGCCUCUGCGCAGGGCGCGCGGCGCCCGAGCAGGACUCCCCGGACGCCGCGUGGCAGGCGGCCUGGGCCGAGGCGGCGGCGGCGGACUGCGCGAGGGAGCUGGAGGCGGCCACCUGGUCGAGCUUUGGAGCGGGCGCCGAACGAGCGCCGCCUGCGGCACCCGGCGUGCCGGGUGCGGCCGGCGCGCUGCGCGCGUACCGGGCGAAGGUGCGCUCGUGGGCCGCCACGCUGCGGCGGCCGGAGAGCAUGGAGCUCAGGAGGCUGGUGAUGGACGGCCAGGUGGGCGGCAGGGACAUCGCCGAGCGCGGGGAGGAGGAGUUCUUGCCAGCCGGUCUGCUGUCCGAGCGCCAGAGGCACCGCAAGGAGGGUCUGCUGUCUGUCUGGCAUCGCGAGCAGGCCCUCGAUUUCUUCGACGCUAACCUGUCUUGCCCCGAGUGCCAAGCCAUCGGGGCUCGGUACAGCAUCCUACGAGAGGCCUGGUUGUUGCCGAGGUGCACGGGCAACCAGGGGCACAUGCGCCGCGAUACCGGGAGGUCAAUCUUGGCCGAGUGCGUCCAGUGCAGCGAGCGUUGGCAACAGGACGAGGUGCAGUGA